CACUGAUUUUCAAAAACAUCUCAAUCAAUCUCCAAGAAACAACAAUAACAACAUGGCGCAAACGAUAUCCCCGUUCUUCCGGUCGCCCUUCACUGACCUGACGGGUGGCAUGGUGUCCCACCACCUGCUGGGCCGCUGCCAGCGCCAGGAGAUCCGCCUCAUGGACUGUCUGGAGGCGCACGGGCUGGACCGGGGCAUGAGGGAGUGCGGGGCACUGAUAGAUGACUACAGGGAGUGUCACACGCUGAGGAAACAGUUCCAGAGGUUUAUGGCUAUGCGAGCUGAACGGGAGCGACAGAUAGCAGCUGGAAUACUGACUGGUGACAAAAAAUACGUAUCGCCAAGGGUUGAUAGCUACUAAAUGACACGUAAAGGACGCGUUUUAAUAGCUAUAGCUACCUAAUGUAAGUUGGUACUUAGGUACCUAUUAUCCAUAAUAUACCAGCGAUCCUCAUAAU